AUGUCGCCUCAGCCAUCAUCACAUCGGCCACGGAGGAGACGGCCCGCUGAGGCAGGAAGUUCCAACGGUGCCAUCACCACAACCUCUGCCGCACAACAUGAACGACCAGCCUUCCCCCUGGUCGCCUUCUUCUGGCCCAUCAAAGGCGCCAACAUCACGCAAUGGGUCACUCUCCCCUGCAUCCUCAUGAUCGCCUUCCUCUUCCGGUGGUGCACUGCCCUCUGGCCCUACUCCGGCUAUCGAAAGCCGCCUAUGCAUGGCGACUUCGAAGCGCAGCGGCACUGGAUGGAGCUUACCAUCAGCCUCCCAGUCACGCAUUGGUACUUCCAUGACCUUGAAUGGUGGGGGCUGGAUUACCCGCCCUUGACUGCCUAUCAUUCUUGGCUGUUGGGUCAGGUUGGUUCGUUUCUGAAUCCGAGUUGGUUCCGACUGUACCUCAGCCGCGGACUGGACGAUCAAGGGCUCAAAGUGUUCAUGCGUGCCACUGUGGCUGCGUCGGAAUAUCUGGUUUACGUUCCUGCAGCUGUGUUGUGCGUGCGGCAGUUGGCACGACAGUCGAACAUCAAUAUCUGGGAGGCCUCGAUUGCAUUGACGGCGAUAUUGAUGCAGCCUGCGACUGUCUUAAUUGACCAUGGUCACUUCCAGUAUAACACCGUCAUGCUAGGCUUCAUGCUCACUACUAUUGCUAGUAUGCUUGCCGGACGGCCGCUAUGGAGUUGUGUCUUCUUCGUCGGAGCGCUGGGCUUCAAGCAGAUGGCUCUCUUCUAUGCGCCAGCCGUCGCUGCGUAUCUCGCCGGCAUCUGCUUCUUCCCGAAAUUGGACAUACCGCGCUUUGUGGGGAUUGCUGUAAUCACACUGGCUUCCUUUGCAGUGCUCUUUCUUCCUCUGCUGCUCGGCACGGCAUAUGAUACGUACCGCAACGCACCGUUACCCGCAGACGCCGUGACACCGCCUCUACUCUCAGCAAUACCCUUCUCACUAUCGGAGAAGGUGUGGUACUACCCAUACAUUUUCCAGCUUACGCAAGCCAUUCACCGCAUCUUCCCAUUCGCCCGAGGACUCUUCGAGGACAAAGUAGCGAAUCUUUGGUGUGCUGUCCACAGCUCCGGCAUCCACAAGCUACACAACUACGACUCUGCGCUACUCAGCCGGGCUGCCCUAGGCCUCACUCUAGCCUCCAUCCUACCACCGUGCGCUCUGAUCUUCUUCAAACCACGAAAAGAAUUAAUAUUGUAUGCCUUCGCCGCAACAUCCUGGGGCUUCUUCCUCUGUUCAUACCAAGUGCACGAGAAGAACGUGCUGCUUCCGCUACUGCCUAUGACGCUGCUGCUAGCGACAGAAGGCGGCAUGAAGCCCUCCACUCGAGCUUGGGUCGGCUUCGCUAAUAUCCUCGCUUGCUGGACGCUGUUUCCACUGCUCGUAAAGGAUGAGUUGCGGAUACCCUACUUCGUACUCACGGGUCUCUGGGCGUACUUGAUGGGCCUUCCGCCUGUCGAUAUUAGUGCGUAUAAGUUAUCACGCAGUGAAGGCGGGUUACACAUUAUCAGCAAGGUCAUCCAUUUUGGCAUCUAUGCUGUUAUGGUAGCAUGGCAUGUCGCGGAAGCGGCGCUUGCACCACCCGAAAACAAGCCGGAUCUUUGGGUCGUCGCCAAUGUCUGUUUUGGUGCUGCUGGAUUCGGAAUCUGCUACUUUUGGUGCUUGUGGCGCCUGGUUGAGGAGAGUGGGAUAUUGUAUGAUAUGAGACUGCUGAAGAGAAAGGCCCAGGAAGGGAAGAAGAUGCAGUAA